AUGUGGCGUGCACUUCUUUUCCUGUUUGCUGCCUUUAGCGUCGCAGCGUUUCCGGCUGCAAAUGAGUACGGAGAAUGCGAGGAUGAUGAGCUUUACGAUUCUCUGAAACGAGAUGGAGAGGGGUUUUGUAACGAGCUUCUGGAUCCCGAGUGCUACACCUCCAUCAGCACACCAGUCGAGACCUAUACUAUCACCACUACUGUGGAAGCGACAAUCACUUCUGAGACGCAGACUACUUCUACGACUGGUUUUCCUGAAAAAACUACCUCAACUCAAGUGUCAAACACGACUUCGUGGACGUCCUCUGGGUCGAGAAUAACCUCCGCCACCAUUCUUCCUGGAAAUCGCACGUCUACGCAGUGGUCAAACACUACGGCACCAACCCCUUCUGAUACAAAGAUUACCUCGGCAACAGUUCUUCCUGGAAACCGCACGUCCACGCGGUGGUUCAAUACUACAACACCGUCACCAACUGAGACGUAUAUAAGCUCGACCACUAUUCUCACCGGAAAUAGGACGUCUACACAAUGGUUGAAUACUACCAUGCCGACACCUUCUGAGACAGGAGUGACUUCGACUACUAUUGUUUCUGACAACACCACAACUCAAGCGUCAACUACCUUUUCAAGGACGCCGUCUAGCACGGUUUCCGUGACCACAUUCCCUGGUAGUCUCACCUCUACCCAGCUAUCAAACACCACAUCACUGACCCCGACCCUGACCCCGACCCCGACCCCGACGCCCUUUGACGCUGCCAACUUUACCAGCGUCCUGCGCGGGCCGGCCCCGUCCUCUCAGGCAUGUCAUUACCGCCCAGCAGCCCGGGACGGCACCUCGCACCUCGCAACGCUGCAGAAUGAAGAGAUUCGGCAGCGCAACCUCUCGCUGGCGUUUCCGUACGUCGGGUCCAUCAACUUUGACAGCGACGACAUGACACCGCUUUACCUGUCUGUCCGCGACGCAGCCAAAGGCGCGCAUCUCAUUGACGUCUCGGACUCGUCUGCCGUGACCAUUUUCGAUUCGAGAAACAACUCGAUGCGUCUGGACCUGUCGGGCAUCCACUUUGUCACCGGCCACUGCAACUUGACAGUCUCCUACCUCAUUGACAAUUUAUACGGCCAGCUGGCGCAGCAGUCAUUCGAAAUGUGCUCCAUGGGCCGCAAGAAGCUGCUGGCCGGCGAGCAGACCUUUGUCCAGACGCUCGUGCUCCGUGACCAGUGCGGCAACUCGGUCGGGCCCACGGUUCGGCGGUACCCGGACCUGCGCGUCGACGGCGAGCAGUGCAUUGCUCUCGGCCGCGGCGCCGCUGCCACCGACCCUGCCAACGGAACAUGGACAUUCGACUGCCCGUGGCAGAGCGCCGGGUCGGCUGUGCAGAGGUGCAUGUCGUCGCUCGAGAGAAACGCCGUCGAGUUUCUGCUGUACGAUCCGUUCAACGGCGGCUGCGCUGACGCGUCCAGCGUCGUCACGAUGCUGGAGGCGUCGGCCAGGGACAUGCUCAACAUCACGGCGAUUCGGCAGGAGCUCCACAGCCAGGUUGGAAACAACACCGACCACUUUUACAAGGUGGACGACACCGUCAUGUACUACAUGCAGCUGUGGGAGACGCUCAAGAGCACGCUGUCCAAGACGCGGGGCCUCAACCCGGGCCGCGGCAGCAACCUGAAGCAGUAUCUGGACACGUACAACCGCUUCCGCAACUUUGCGGCCGAUGCCUGCACCAGCCUCAACAGCUCCAUCGUGCCCGCCGUCUUGAGCCUGAGCGCCGGCAGCAGCACGAUUCCCAGGCUGGCGUCCUUUCCGAGCAUCCCGGUCGCGAGCGAGCCGCUGACGGUCAAGAUUCAGGAUCCCUCCAAGAUGGCAUGCUGCCCCAAUGGCGGCAUGAGCGUCACGCAUCCCGAGAAUGGCAAGUGUGGGUAUCCUCUCGAGGCGCGUAUUCCGGGUACAGGUUGUGUGUGCGGCAAGACGGCGACGCAGGAGUCUGUGGCUUUCAAGUACCGCCAGUGCGACAACUUUGUGAGCCAGUGCCAGGCCAACUCUGAUUGCGCAGCCGCAGGCUAUGCUGGCUUUCUGUGCCUCAUUGGAAGCUGCUGCGGUAAAGGCGUAUGCUUUGACCCCUUUGAGUGCUCUCGUCCUGAUGUUCUUCUCCUCCCGGGUAGUGCUGAUUGA